GCAGCGUUCAGGUCAUAUAACAAUGGUCUUAAAGCUAUUGUACUUGAUGUGUCUUUUGACAUAUUGUACCAAUGUAGUUUUGGGCGACGAUUUAAUUACUUACAACGUACUUAGUGUGCAAAUGCUGACCCCAGAUAAAGCUAUGGGCGUUCUGGUAGAUGGAAACUUUUUCCCUCUUCAGCAAAGUAACAGUGUUCCCAUGAUGUAUACCGGAUCGGCUCCUAAAAGUCAAAACUCGUAUCAAUAUACUGUUGCCAAAGCUAUCGAUAAAAGCAUCAUUCAUACAGAAGAAUUUCAAAGACCAUCUGAAUAUUUAACAGAAGAAAAGACAUUUAAUGAUGUGUAUGGACAACACUGGCAUAAAAUUGACGACAUGCAUAAACUCCCUCAAUUAUACGCCUUUGAUAAAGAUGAGACCGUUCACGUAGGUGGUAUGAAAGAUCCUGCAGCCAGUAACUUGUAUGAGGAUGGAACAGUUGCCACAAUUCAUAUCAAUGCGCCUCCUGAACAAAUUGAGGAAAUGCAUGCAAAAAAAAUGGAUAAAAAAGUCAAUUUACGUGCAACAAUGACCUACAUAAACUACAAUUCCAUUCAGGAGUUUCAUAAUGUAACAUUCAAAGUGAGUGGACAUUCAAGUCGUCAGUGGUCAAAGGUUCCGUACAAAGUCAAAAUUUCAAGUAAGGCAUAUCCCGACGGUUUAUACAGACGUUGGCAGUUGAAAUUAAGACCCGAAUCUACGGACCCAACUAUGAUUCGCGAGAAACUAUACAAUGAUGUUUUGAGAUCAACUGGUGUUGUGGCUGCCAGAGGAGGCUAUGCUAGGCUGUAUAUAAACAAUAAACCCAUUGGAUUAUUUCUUAUAGUUGAUGAUCCAGCAUCUACAUCAUUUAUCCGUGAAACAAUUUAUGGGGGAGACAAACAGGCUCGUAUUGGCGCAGUGAUCAAAGCAGAUGCCGCAGAAGGUUCAACAACAGCAAAUUUAAAUUAUCUUGGCGAAGACCCUUCAUCCUAUGAGAGUGAGACGUAUGAGAUUAAACGGGAGUCUCCCGAAGGAACGCCUUCUGCUGUGGAAGAUUUGAUCAACUUUACGAAAUUUAUCAGAGAAUAUGAUCCAGAUGAUGUACCAAACGAUCAUCGAGCUGUUGAGGUCUGGAAUGAACAUAUAGAUAUCACAAGCUACAUCCGUCAGUUAGCUGUUGAAUGGUUAACGGGAAAUUGGGAUGCUCAUCAAUAUGCGGGAAAUAAUUAUAUCCUUCAUCAUCAUUCCGCUUAUAAUCGAUAUCUUAUUUUACCAGUGGAUUUUGAUUACACUUUCGGUAAUGGAGUUGAAGCAGAUCAAAUGCGUUUUCUUACAGGCAAACCUUUGGAAAUGAGUGAAGGGCAGCCUGUCAAUUCUUACUUGUGGGAUAAAGUACGAUCCACACCGUAUUUGCUCAAGAUGUAUCAGAACACUAUCAAGGAUAUCAAUGAGCAUUUGACAACGCCAGACCUACUAAAUGCAAGAAUAGAUUCAAUUAUUAACCUGAUAGAAAGUUCUAUACAAUGGGAUCAUUCACUCAAGUCCCAAACUACUGGAAUCAUCACAUCCCAAUCAAUGGCUGAUUUUAGAAGCGCAUUUGAAGAGGGCACAAAGAAUAAAGUCGACCAGCUUAUUGGAUUGAAGGAAUGGAUUAGAGUCAAACAUUCUUCUGUAACAAACCUAGUGGUAGAGUAA